AUGUGCUGGGAUUACAGGCGUGAACCACUGCACCCGGCCUAUUUCCUUGACUCUCCUCCUGCACCACUCUUUUGGGGCACCUGGCACUGUGACCCCUCUCUUUUCCCAGCCACCCAAUGAUUCAGGCUAGAAAAUUUAGCACUCUCCUUGUGUCCAUAGUCAGAAGCAUUCCCAGGGAGAAGCACAGCCAGAGAUAGGCCUCCUUCAGCCUGACCGGGGCCAGGGCAGGAGCCAAUCUACAGUACUGAACAGGAUCCAGAGCUGCAACGACCACCUCCAGAGACCCUGACCUGCCCUCCACAAUCCGACAACUCUUUUUUUAAGUAUUUACUACAUGGUGGAAACUGCCUUGGACUUUUGCUGUGGAAAUAAGAGAGAAUGAUUUGGUGGUGAUGACAGUGAGUUAAUAGAUGACAGCACAGUGGUAUAUUGAUAUGGCAGAGAUGGCAUAGGGUACCUUAGGAGCCGUAGAUGUGUGUACUGUACUCAGGUUUGGAGAGAAUGGAGUCUAGGAAUACUACCUGGGGCAGAGUUGCCUUGUCCUGAAGGCGGUAUUGCCUUGUCCCAAUCUGGGGACUGGGAGUACAGAAUAAUUGAUUUUGGUGAUAGCAGUGAAAUAAAACAUAGCUAGCUGCCUGGGCAGCUUUGGAUUAAGAUUUUGCGGUUUUGCAGUAGUUUUUUCUUUCUUUCUUUUUUUCUUUUUUGAGACAGAGUCUUGCUCUGUCACCCAGGCUGGAGUACAGUAGUGCCAUCACAGCUCAGCAGUGAUAUUUUGUACUCCAUUUUGUCCAUAAUUACAAGGUCCAGGAAAAACAACAACAAAAAACCCAAUGGUUUGUCUCUUACAUAUGGGACCAUAUUCCUGCUCUACUAAUACUUUUUCUUUUUUGGUCUUAAUCUUUCUGAUGUAGUCUUGCUGACUACAUUCCUAAUUUAAAAAUACACUCAGUGUUAAGAAAUUUGCCAACUACUUUAAAUUUUUUGAGAGAAAAUUGACAUUAUAAAGAGGGAGUUUGAGUACAAGGAGCUUUUCCUUGUCCCACUGGUUGGUAUAGAGUCAGAUAGAAAGGGAAUGGUCAUAAAUUGACAACCAUAGAUUUAAAGUAGAAGAAAUCUGAAGCCUGAAUUCCUUUGGGAAAAGCAAAACCUUAAUGAUCCUAUAGCAGGGGUCCCUGGGUACUGGUCCAUGGCCUGUUAGGAACUGGGCCUCACAGCAGGAGGUGAGUGGUAGGCGAGCAAGCAAGCAAAGCUUCAUCUGUAUUUAUAAUUGCUCCCCUUGCUUGCAUUACCGCCGGAGCUCUGCCUCCUGUCAGAUCAGCGGUGGCAUUAGAUUCUCAUAGGAGCAUGAACCCUAUUGUGAACUGCACAUGUGAGGGGUCUAGGUUGAGUGCUCCUUAUGAGAAACUACUGCCUGAUGAUCUGUCACUGUCUUCCAUCACCCCAAGAUGGGACCGUCUAGUUGAAGGAAAACAAUCUUAGAGCUCCCAAGGAUUCUACAUUAUGGACAGAAUAAUAAGCUGAAUAGAAUCUGACCACUGGCUUUCAGCUGGCCAGGACCUUCUAUGUAGCUCUCCUUUUGUGGCCCAUGUGCUGCAUCCUCUGCCCUCAGUGUGCAACUGGCCCCCAACGCAAUGUGUGUUUGUCAAACCAUGGAAGUGGGGCAGUAUGGCAAGAAUGCAAGUCGGGCUGGAGACCGGGGAGUCCUCCUGGAGCCCUUCAUCCACCAAGUAGGCGGACACAGCAGCAUGAUGCGUUACGACGAUCACACUGUGUGCAAGCCCCUCAUCUCCCGGGAACAGCGCUUCUACGAGUCCCUCCCUCCCGAAAUGAAGGAGUUCACCCCUGAAUACAAAGGCGUGGUAUCUGUCUGUUUUGAGGGGGACAGUGAUGGUUACAUCAACUUAGUGGCCUAUCCUUACGUGGAAAGUGAGACUGUGGAACAGGAUGACACACCAGAACGGGAGCAACCUCGGCGCAAACACUCCCGCCGGAGCCUGCACCGGUCAGGCAGUGGCAGUGACCACAAGGAGGAGAAAGCCAGCCUGUCCCUUGAGACCUCUGAGAGCUCACAGGAGGCAAAGAGUCCGAAGGUGGAGCUGCACAGCCACUCAGAGGUCCCUUUCCAGAUGCUAGAUGGCAACAGUGGCUUGAGUUCUGAGAAGAUCAGCCACAACCCCUGGAGCCUGCGUUGUCACAAGCAGCAGCUGAGCCGCAUGCGCUCGGAGUCCAAGGACCGAAAGCUCUACAAGUUCCUCCUGCUUGAGAACGUGGUGCACCACUUCAAGUACCCCUGCGUGUUGGACCUGAAGAUGGGCACGCGGCAGCAUGGCGAUGACGCGUCAGCUGAGAAGGCAGCCCGGCAGAUGCGGAAAUGCGAGCAGAGCACAUCAGCCACGCUGGGCGUCAGGGUCUGCGGCAUGCAGGUGUACCAGCUGGACACAGGGCAUUACCUCUGCAGGAACAAGUACUAUGGUCGUGGGCUCUCCAUUGAAGGCUUCCGCAAUGCCCUCUAUCAAUAUCUGCACAAUGGCCUGGACCUGCGACGUGACCUGUUUGAGCCUAUCCUGAGCAAACUGCGGGGCCUGAAAGCUGUGCUGGAGCGGCAGGCCUCUUACCGCUUCUACUCCAGUUCCCUGCUUGUCAUCUAUGAUGGCAAGGAGUGCCGGGCUGAGUCCUGCCUGGACCGCCGGUCUGAGAUGCGUCUCAAGCACCUGGACAUGGUGCUCCCUGAGGUGGCGUCAUCCUGUGGCCCCAGCACCAGCCCCAGCAACACCAGCCCCGAGGCGGGUCCCUCCUCUCAGCCCAAGGUGGAUGUCCGCAUGAUUGACUUUGCACACAGCACAUUCAAGGGCUUCCGGGAUGACCCCACCGUGCAUGAUGGGCCGGACAGAGGCUACGUGUUUGGCCUGGAGAACCUCAUCAGCAUCAUGGAACAGAUGCGGGACGAGAACCAGUAGGCCCUGUUCUGGGCCCCCAGAACCCCUUCCUCUCCACCGCAGGCAGGGACCAUUGUUAUGAACUUGCCAUGAGGACACACAGACUUGCUUUUAAAGGGUUAUAUUUCUCUUUGGUGUAAACUAAAAGAAAUGUUUUUAGCUGUAGCCUGGAAUCCAUAUAUAUAAAGUGAAGGAGGGCAGACCACACGCCCUCUCAGCCAGGCUCCUCAGCUCUGUGGCUCUGACUGGUGUGUCCAGGCUGCCUUAGGAAGGAAGAGGUGCCCCUGGUGGGCUUGGCAGCAGGGACAGGGUGCCCUUGGACAUUGGUUUCUCUUGUCUAGAUCUUUGAGAUCUGUGGCUGCAGGGCCCUGCUGAUUGUAAGGUAAAGCCCUGGGCUGGUGCAGGGCCCCUCCAUGCCCACUCUUCCCUUGUUCCCCAGAAGUAGAGGGCUCUGGGUGCCCAUUUCUUGGGGGCUUUCCAGUCUUACGCUGUGGGUGUCAGCUAGCUCUUUAAUAGGUGCCCUCAGGGCACCACAGGGCUGACUGCACAAAGCUGGACCUAUCCUUGGGUCUGACCUUAGCAUGGGGCUAGAUUAAUGAAGCUGGGCUGAGGCCAACUUAUGGCAGAGGGCAGGGCCUGGGUUCCCCAGGCACCUGUUGGCACGAGACAGGUUGGCACCUGUCCUAUUCCUGAAACAGCCUCUCUCACCAAGUUCCCUUGCCUAGGAAGGCCACUCCCUCCUACCCCACUGAAGUGGGGGAUAGUCGGUGUCCUAGCAGGCCUCAGGGCCUCUGGUGGCUCUGGCCAGACAGUAUUUGCAGUUCUUGUGCUAUGGGUGGGAGUCUUCUUCCUCAAGUUUCGGCAGCUGUGCUGCUGCUGGAUGGGCUGCUCCUCCCAGGGCUCGGGUUGUGGUCCGCUCAGGGUCUCAUUUCCCCAGGCCAAGUUCAAGGCAGCAGCCCUUAGUGAGGCGCUCUUGGCCCUGGGCCUAGAGGGAGAACUUUAAGCAUUUUUGCUCAUAGGGACGUGGUAUGGGCCCUGGGUGCAGGUGCCCACAUUCUGCUAAUGAGAGCUUUGUCUGAUCAGUCCUGGGUCCAUCAGUUUGUCCAUGUGUCCAGCUGCCAGCCCCUGUCCCUUGGGAUCCUUCCCCUGGGGUGUAGCCUUGCUCAUUAGUAUAUAUUCAUUCCUUCAUGCUUUCCUCAGCAGAACACUCCCACUUCUGAGGUGAGCUUUUGCCCCGUGCCCUUCCUCCACAGGUGUUGCCUUUUUAUAAAGACCUGAUAGCAGAAUAAAUUGGUGGUGUUUCCCUGUUGAUCCAGCACAUUUCUGUGGGCCUAGAAUAUGGCCCUCAACACUGACAGUGGGGCAGUGAGGGCUUGAGGAGUGACCCUUUCUCAUGGUUUUAGUCAUUUUGGCUGCCAGCCCUUAAUGGCACAGAUCUGCUGCUUCUAACACAGAUGGCCAGGAGGUGACACCGAUUUCAGCCAUUGCCAGGGUUAGCAUCCUCUCCUUUGAGCCUAGGGCCACUGUUCUUUGUCACUUUAGGCAAGUGUCUGUUUGGCUUUAAAGGUAAGCCUGCCAGCUGUGAGAAGCCUUGGUAACUGAUGGACUCAUUUCCUGGUCCUUAGAGAUGCAGCCUCGUAAGGGCUCCUUGAUGGAUGCCAUCUCUCCUAGCCCCUGGCCCUGGUGCCACUGGUGGGCUGGUUCCCAUUCUUUGGGGCUGGGAGGGACAGCUUGCCUGUUUCUGGUCACAAAUUACGGUCUUCUCUCCUGUACCAUUCUGUGGCUUCAGCCAUGGGGGCAGUAGCCCUUCAUUAGUGUAGACAGUCAUUCCCUGGUAGGGUGGAGGGUAAGACAUAAGGUCUGGAGCUGUUUGGGACCUUUUGGGGAUGUCCUGUGCUUCCCAGGUUCCUAGAUUCUGGGAAGAGAGGCUGCCGCAUUCUGCUGCUCCUCACAGCGAGCAAAGCUGCACCCACUUACACUCAGUAUUUUCCUGGCACUACAAAGAGUGGGAAGGUCUGGGAUUUGCUGCUGCUCCCUUAGAGCAGGGCCCCUCUUUUCAGCACUUUGGACACCUGGAGACCCAGCCCUGUUAUUUAAUGGUAGUGGGCAAGUGUGUGUGCAUACUGUCUGCCACUGCUUUCUCCCUGCCCCAUGCCAGAGAGCCCUGUCCCUACCAGGCCCUGCCUUCUUAGCCCCAACUUGGGACCAAAGUGCAACAUGGGAUCAUGGGUUGGGGUGCUCAGGUGAGCCCUCUCUAUAGUGCUUCCCUGGGCCAAGCUGACACCAGCCCCUGAGGGUGGGGUGGGACGGGUGGUGCUUAAAAGAGGAAGGGGACCAGUGUAGCAACUUGCCAGGGACCCCACCCCUCCCUCUCUGGGCCUGUGCAGUGGGCGUGGGGAUUCCCAUCAAGGGGCCUGGCACCUGUGCUAGUUCCGUAGCUGCUGCUCACGCGCUCACUCCUGACCACAUGCACGUUCCCUAGAUGCAGACUGCUUUGAACUUUAAAGCUGUACCAUUUGGUUAUGUUUGUGCUGACUUAAAUAUUUUAAUGAGGAAAAAAUAA